UAUUUCAAGUAUUUUAAAAUAUUUUAAAGUAAAAUUUGAAAGUAUUCAUGUGUGAGGAAAAACUUUAAAGAAAAAUGGCGACAAGACGAUCAGCUGGACUUGUUCAAAGGAGCAACGUUAAAUCAACAACAAAGGAAGUUUCAAAUUCAGAUGGUGAUCAUAAGAUUGUUAGUUCUCCUGAUCAAAAUUUAGAUGAAGAGUCAGAUUUUGCUGACAAGCAAACGCGAUUGACUAUAAUGGAGGAAGUGUUACUACUUGGUUUAAAAGAUAAAGAAGGCUACACAUCAUUUUGGAAUGACUGCAUAUCUUCAGGAUUAAGAGGGUGUAUGAUGAUUGAACUAGGUCUUAGAGGUCGAAUUGAUUUAGAAAAAAACGGUAUGCGAAAAAAAAGUCUUCUUAAUCGUAAAGUGCAAUUUUUAAAUGAUGCGCCUACAGGAGAUGUUAUUCUAGAUGAAGCAAUUAAACUCAUUAAAGAAACUGAUCCUCCUGAAACAGUUGCCACCUGGGUAGAACUUUUAAGUGGUGAAACUUGGAACCCUCUUAAACUUCGUUAUCAAUUACGUAAUGUGCGUGAGCGUUUAGCAAAAAAUCUUGUUGAGAAAGGUGUUCUUACUACAGAAAAACAAAACUUUCUACUGUUUGAUAUGACCACACACCCAGUAAACGAUUCUACAGUAAAACAACGAGUUGUAAAAAAAGUUCAAGAAUCUGUUCUUUCUAAAUGGGUAAAUGACCCCCAAAGAAUGGACAAAAGAACUUUAGCACUGAUCUAUCUUGCACAUUCUAGUGACGUUUUGGAAAAUGCAUUUGCUCCGCUUAAUGAUGAAGAUUAUGAUUUAGCAACAAAACGAGUUCGUGAGCUGUUAGAUUUGGAUCCUGAAGUUGAAGCUCAAAAACCUAAUGCAAACGAAUUAAUGUGGUCUGUGGUAGCAUCUUUUAUAAAAUAAAAUUUUCUUAUUGGAAUAUCUUUAAGAAAAUAAAAUGUAAAUACACAUGCGUACAUACGUACACACACUUAAAUGCAUUUAUGUGUGUGUGUGUGUGUGUGUGUGCGUAUGUAUGAUAUGUAAGCUGCAUAUAUACACAAAGGACCUCUGGUAGGUUGUUCAAUCCAUAAUCUGCAAAAGAUAUGCAAAAAAAUCAUAUAAAUUUUCUUUACUAGAAACUAUAAAUUUCCUGAGCCCCGUCUGUGUAUGCACAAA